UCCUCGCUUCAGCAGCUGGCGACAGACGGACCUGACCCAUAUUUCCUCGUCAUAGCGAGGUCUCCCCCAGCUGAAUGUGUAAUUCUCUCACCUCCGGAUCAAGCUGCUUGCCUCCUGAUGGAGCUCCCUCCUCAAACGGAAUAUGCAUAAACACAAGGGACAUUUUGGGGAGAGAAACGGCACAGCCACAGCAAGCCGCUGAUGAGACUAUAGCCUACAGCUCACCGUCAACAAUAACACGUAUCGUGCUUCGUGGUCUGUCGUCAUUCCAUCCGGUCUGGAACGUUCCGGGGUUUACCUUUCGAGACCGUUCAUCCCCAUCGGUGUGAUAUUUGACAGGUCCCUUUGUUGGGUGGAGUCAAGUCCGCAAUUUUCUAUAUUGGAAUCAUCACUGGCAUCAUUUCAGGUCAUCAUCAUGAAGGACAGUGUGGUCAACAACAACAGCAUCUCCCACGCCAGGAAAGCUGUGGAACAGCUCAAGAUGGAGGCUUGUAUGGACAGGAUGAAAGUCUCCAAAGCAGCAGCGGAUCUGAUGGUGUAUUGCGACGCCCACAUACGUGACGACCCCCUCAUCGUGCCCGUGCCAGCCUCGGAGAACCCCUUUAGGGAGAAGAAGUUAUUCUGCACCAUCCUCUGAUGCCCAGUCGGGGGCAGACCAGCCUGGUGUCUCCUCUUCUGUCUUCACCGUACCAAGCUAACAAAACGCUGUGAAAGUAACCAGGAAGUGAAUGCCCUUUCAGCCUUGUAGUUUUUAAACUUUUGUAUUUUUUUUAAUUUUUUUUUUAUGGUCUUCAAGUACAAAAAACAUAGAUACAUUUUCUUCAUUAAAAAGAAUCUUCAUAAAAGGCAUCUUUUAGAAGUAAAUUCAACCUUUACGCCCAAUCAAAGCCCAGUACCCGGAAGUAAAGCGGAAGUGGUCUUCUCUUUAACAGCGAACUAACUAACGUUACUGCCACUAGCUUAAUAACAUCCUUCUGGCUACUGUUGAGUUGGGUUGAGGUUGCCAGGUGGACACUGUGUUGUUGGGCAGCUCUGUCCCAGGUGGCUGCAUUGGGGAGGGUUUACAUACUUUUCCAUCUGGCAACCCAGUGACUGCGUCUGCGUGUUAGUCUCCAGUGUCGUUUCAUUGGUUGGUUUGUUAUAGCUUCUUCUUCGUUGUUAGAGAGAAGCUUUAUGAUAGCAUGAUGAGAUUAUCUUUUUAUUAACAUGUCUUUUUUGUUUUUGUUUACACUAGCUUAUUUUAUUUACACGCCUCAGGAAACAAACACAAACCGUGGGAAUGUUUUUUAAAUGUAUUUCUAAAGCCCAGUAUUUUAUAUAGGAUCGAACCAACAUACCAUAUAGCAUGUUAGUCCCCACUAUCCAUUUCACAUUACCAUCAGGAAGGAGGGAGAUGAGAUGGGG